AUGGCUCUUCCUUUGCCGCAGGACACCGGGUUCAAGUGGGCAUCCCCGAGCCAGUCCCCAGAGGAGCACAGGAGGGUGGUGACUCUGGAGAAGAAGGCAGAGGAGUCUUUCGGCUUCGAGAUCCAGACCUACGGGCUGCACCACCAGGACAGGAACAGCGUGGAGAUGUUCACCUUCGUGUGCCGCGUGCACGACGGGAGCCCGGCCGAGGCCGCGGGGCUCAAGGCUGGGGACACCAUCACGGGGGUGAACGGGCUCAAUGUGGAGGGCAUCCGGCACCGGGAGAUCGUGGAGAUCAUCAAGAGCUCGGGGAAUGUGCUGCGGCUGGACACGCUCUACGGGACGUCCAUCCGCAGGGCCGAGCUGGAGGCCCGGCUGCAGUACCUGAAGCAAACCCUCUAUGAGAAGUGGGGGGAGUUUCGCUCGCUGAUGGGGGCCCGCAGCGCCAGCCUCAAGUGCGCGGGGGGCCCGGGGGCUGCGGGGCGGCUUUGGGCUCGGGCCGGGGACCCCGGGGAGGGGGCGGCCGCCCCCCGCAAGAGCCGACACAGCAGCUUCCGCCGGCGGCUGCUCAAGUUCAUCCCGGGUCUGAACCGGGCGCUGGAGGAGGAGGAGAGUCACCUUUAGCCGGCGGCCCCCCAGGACUAUUUAUUUAUUUAUUGCAAGGGGCUUCAUUCCCCCGGCCCCCAUCCCCGGGGGCUGCAGGAAGGAGGUUUGGGUUGGCCCCAGGGGCUCUGAUUUGGCCCUGCCGGGACCGUGGGGAUCGUGACGCUGUGAGGGACGGACACAACGCCGAGGGACAGACGUGAGGACCCUCCUGCAGCGGCUCACGGAGCUGUCGCUGCUCUCAGGAGGGGAGCAGCGGGGGAGCCCCGCAUUCCCCAGGCCGGGGGGCUCUGGGGGUCCCAGCCCUGCUCCCCCCGGGCUGUUGUACCGGGUCAGCGCUCGCCAAUACAGAGACGAUUUGCAGCGAUGUGUGGCUGUGACUGAG